GUACCGAGGACAGCGACAGGGAGGGCUAGAAAAGGGUUUAAAACAUGGUAUUCCGAAUAGGAUAAACGGAUCAAGGUAACUGUUUCGUUUAACAUUUAACUUUCCUUCAACAAAUUAAUUCAUCACAUUUUUCUUCAUCUGUCCUUUCCUAAAAAAAACACACUCGCUCGCUCCUGUAGGACCCGGUUCGAAUCACAAAUCAAGUGGAAAAUCGUAGGCUAUUUUUGAAGAAUAUUUUCAGAAGAAACGAAAGUCAACUCGGCUGCGACCAUGAAUGGUAUUAUUCCCAUAAACAGAACCGCCCUGAACUUCACGGGUCUGGGCCAGGGGUUCCCGUACCUCACGGUGACCGAGGAGCCUCUGUACCGGCAGUACCGGCCGGCGCCCCGGGACCUCAUCCCCCUGCCCCGGGCGGUCCUCUACCUGCUGAUGGCCGCCCUGGUGGUGGUAGGGGUCGCCUACGCCAUAGUGGGACAUCUGAUCAAAGACCUGGCCAUCGACAUCACAGAGUGCGUCCUGGGCCCCACUGGCGAGGAGGAGAAGGAGCAGCAGGAGGUGAAACUGCAGCACAGCGCCCCCUGCCCCGCCCAGUCGGUACUGCAGCUGGCCCACGGCAACGCCUUCCACGUGUGGGACACGGACAACAUGGUCAUCUCGCUGCCCGCCGCCGAUGACAGCGCUCCCUGCAGCCCCCUGAUACACGGCGCCAUGCCCUACAUGCCCUCCUUCUUCCCCGGCCACGGCCACAGCCCCCCCCAUCACUACACCGGGCUGGCCUCGCCCCCCUCCCCCACCAGCCCCCAGCCAAUCAGGGAUCAUAGGAUCUAGACCGGGUGGAUCCGGUCUACUCUGGUCUCAACGCACAUUUCUGAUCUCUGACUUCCUGUGAGGGGUGUACGUCGAUACAGUUUGCUGGUCCCCCGUGCAACAAUAAUAACAGAGCCCUGUCCGUUCUGACCAGCUGUGACGCUGUGUGAGGGGGCGUGAGUGUGAGGGGCUAGGAGACAGUAGAAAGUCGACAGAAAGAUACUUGCAAACAAAUGAUUGAAAUCAAUUGACUCAUCGAUUGACUACAGAUGUGUCCGGGUAAAUUGAUGCUACGCGCUAGUUGAAAAGUUACAUAUUGCAGCUUUAACUUCCGUUACGACAUGCUUGGGCAACACAUGCAGACCUGUUGAGGCCCAGGGGAUGGACGAAGACCAGCAGCUUGUGGACUGGGUGUUGUGAUAAGAUGGUUCAACAUGUGACUCAUGAAUACUGAUGUAUGAAGACACAGACUUGUGUACCCUGGUGCGAACACAAAGAACAACAUGGCUUCUAUGCUCACUAUGCUCCACGUUGAGAUGUUCACCAUUACACCAGUAAACUAUUAUUCUAGUCUACUGUCAGUGAACUUUUGGUUGUCAUAUAUAAGCGUGUAAUGUUGCGUAGGCCUAUGUGUACUAAUAAUGUUCAGAUUCCAGCGUGUUUAGUACAUAUUCAUCAUUUUAUUGUAGUAAACACUACAUUCAUGGAAAGAUAUUAAAAGUAUUGGACGCAA